GCGCGCAGUGUGAUGGACCCGUUACGCAUUACGCACGAUGGUGUCCUCUCUGGCACGGGGGGUUUACUGACACGCGCUUCUGGCUGGCGCAAAGACAUCAACUCUUAAAAGCUGCGGUGUCUUGCGGUGAAAAAGAAGUACAAGGCAUCUGUUCAUCUUGUAUGUAGAAAGAGGGAGAAGACGCGGGUGGUUCGUGGAGACUCUUCUUUUCUCCGCUCCGACGCGCGCGCACACACACACACACACACACACACACACACACACACACACGCACGCACACUCGUUUUGGGACUUAAUUUUCUAACGGGAUAUUUGCUGCAUCUACAUUUUUGUGUGUGUUUACUAUAUGUGGAUACUUAUUCGGGACAAUGGGAGACUCCGUGUUCCUCGACAGGCAAAAUUCCUAUCUUGGUGAUUUCACCUGGAGCAGCCUGUCGGGGCGGAGCGUGCGUCUGUCGCCGGUCGCCAUCCAGAGCCUGUCGGAGCUGGAGAGGGCCAAGCUGCAGGAAGUAGCCUACACCCGAUUACACCAGGACUAUGACCUGGGAUGUCAGAUUACGAUGCCAAAAGAUGGACAGAAGAGGAAAAAGUCGCUGAGGAGGAAGUUGGACUCGCUUGCAAAAGAGAAGAGUAAAGACAAAGAAUGCAUACCCCAAGCCUUCAGUAUAGUGCUCUCCCAGGUCAUCGCCAAUGACAGAACACACAGGCAGCGACAGGACGGCUAUCGUCAGGACCCGCCGCAGCGCGAGGAGCACAAGGACUCCUCUGACCUCGUCUCGUCCAUUUUACAGUUUGCCACCAAGCGUCCGUCCACUAAGGAGUUAUCCAGCAGUAACUCCUCUUUGAGUUCCACAUCGGAGACAGCCAACGAGUCAACGUCACCCAACACGCCUGAAGCUCCACCCCGAGCACGCAGGAGGGGAGGCAUGUCAGUGGACUCGAUCACAGACCUGGACGACAACCAGUCCCGCCUGCUCGAGGCCCUGCAGCUCUCUCUGCCGGCCGAAACGCCAAACAAGAAGGAGAAGCACCGGGACAAAAGGCUGAGCCUCAAUCCCAUCUACCGUCAGGUGCCCCGGGUGGUCGACAGCUGCUGUCAGCACAUUGAGAAAUACGGUUUGCAGACUGUGGGGAUCUUUAGAGUGGGAAGCUCCAAGAAGAGAGUCCGACAGCUACGUGAGGAGUUUGACCGCGGCAUCGACGUCCAGCUGGAUGAGGAGUUCAGCGUUCACGACGUGGCUGCUCUGCUGAAGGAGUUCCUCAGGGACAUGCCCGACCCGCUGCUCACCAAGGAGCUCUACACGGCCUUCAUCAACACCACAUUGUUGGAUUCAGAUGAGCAGCAGACUGUGACUCAGCUACUGGUCUACCUGCUCCCAGCAUGCAACAGCGAUACUCUCCAUCGCCUCCUGGAGUUUCUGUCCACCGUUGCCGACCACGCCCACGACCGGCAGGACAAAGACAGGCAGGAGAUAACAGGGAACAAGAUGACGUCUUUGAACCUGGCCACCAUCUUUGGCCCAAACCUGCUGCACAAGCAGAAGAACUCGGACAAGGAGUUCAGCGUCCAGAGCUCGGCCAGGGCCGAGGAGAGCACGGCCGUCAUCGCCGUGCUGCAGAAGAUGAUCGCCAGCUACCAAACCCUCUUCAUGGUGCCUCCUGAUCUGCAGAACGAGGUGUUGAUGAAUCUGUUGGAGACGGAUCCAGAUGUGGUGGACUACCUUCUGAGAAGAAAAGCCUCACAGAGUCCCGACCUGUUGCAGUCAGAGGAGCCCUUCUCCCUGAGCGAGCGCCAUUCCUCCAGCGACUCCAACAAGGUGUCCAGCGGUGAGGUGUCCCCGUAUGACAACAACUCCCCGGUCAUGAGUGAGCGGAGGGGGGAACCGGAAAGCCCGGGCAGCGAGCCGCUCUUCCGUGUCCCAGAACAGUACACUCUGGUGGGGCAGGUGGCCGGCUGGAGCAGGGAGCCCGGGGGAGACACUUGGGGCAGCAAAGACGCUAUAUCAGAGGAGCACGCUAACAUUUGGGGGACGUGGCACACUACGCUGAAACCAACACUCAAGGACCACGCAUACACAGGUUCCCAUGGCAACAUGUCAGAGGGAAGCUCCCGCAGCUCACAGGAAGGUCUCGAUGGACUCCAUGGUGACGGGAGGCAGCAGGCAACGCUGCAUCGGACUCAGGCCGCGCCUGGCAUCGGCGAGUGCAGGCCCCACCCCCCGGUCACCAGAGUGUGUACCAGCCCUCAUGUGGAGCCGGGGCUACCACGCCUGCAGCUCAAUGCCAACCAGUCCAUGACGUCACACCUCAACAGCACGCAAGGCCACCAUCGAGCAAGUGGACACGCACUUAACCCGACCUCCAGACCUCAAGGCGGGUCGAACACCGGCGAUGGCGGCCCUGCUGUGCUUAACGACAGCCGCUACCCACCCCCUUAUAGUGCCCACCACCGACUGGCUGGUUCGCAAAGUUCACCUCAGUUGGCGACGGCUCAGCGGCCCCCUCUCCAGCUCGGGAGGGCAAGUGCGGCGCAGAGUAACUCGGCCUUGACGACAGAGAGCCAAAUGGUGCCGCAGAGCCCAGAGUGGCAGGACUGGCAGAGGGACCGGUGGCAGAUCUGGCAGCUGCUGUCCUCGGACAAUGCUGACGCACUGCCUGAAACGCUGGUGUGAAACAAGACCAUGGACUUUAAUCUCUGUGGAGAUUCUUCUCUGCUCGCCAACUGAUGGCACGAUCAAACCCCGCCAAUGACAAUCGCUCCCUACCCCUCCCUUCAUUUCACGUUUUCUCUCAGUCGGCCUUCCAUCCAUCCAUGGAUUUCAUCCUUUCCAUGAACCCUCUGUGCUUCUCCUGCAUCCUGGCGCCAUGGCGUUGUUGUUUACGUGUGCAGCUGCUGCCUUAUACAGACUUUUACAUCCAAGAGCCACUAGUAUUUCUCCUUUAAAAUGGAUGUUGCUUCUGUUCCUUGCCAAUUAUGUUUUGAUUUUAUGCCCACCAGAUAUACCUCAAAAAAACUAUCCUUUCCCAACUCCUCAGAAUGUUAACACAACCUUAUUUUCUAUUCACAGUGACUUCAGUCUUCAUAUCUUAAUGGAGAACAAUAGGAAACCAUUUGUUUCUUUAGUACGUUAUAUUUUCAAUUCAUCAUUUUUAAGUUGUUUUUUUAAACUCUUUUUCACCGUACAGACACUAACAUGUACCCAUUAGUAAUUGCUGCUAAGUGUAGAAUUUCUGUGUUCGGACUGGUAAUGCAGUUCCACUCCUGUCAAAUGUUGGAUUACUUUAACGUCAGAUUACGUUUGUUGUAUAUAUACAAACAUACUUACCAAUAUAUAUAUGUAAAUUGACAUGUAUAAAUUGCCAAUCUGCUAAAAGUGAGUCAGCCCUUUAACCGGCGGUCAACAUGUUGGUGUUUGUCAGACUGCUGAAUCGUCUUUAAUAUUGAAUGUAGUAUAUUUCACUUGCGGCAAAUAUGCUUAGACCUAAUUAUAAAGCACUGGGCUGUAAGUUUGCUUAUAUGUGCUUGUGCCACCUGCUGCACGGCAGGAAUAUUGUGCCAAAGUCUCUUUUGUUACUUCAGGAUUGUAUCGUACCAUUGUUGUCUUUUUAUCAAGUUUUUCCUUUUGGGAAAAAAAAAAGACUUAAGAGCUUGUGACAUUUGCAGGUGUUUGGAAUUCCAGCAUACAAGUAUAAGAGUCACGAGGCUCAUUUUAAGACACAAACAUGAGUUCCACAUGGGGAUCAUAUUUCCAAAUUAAAAUAAAGACGUUAUAAAUAUCUAAAUAUUUGUUAAACGUCAGCAUGUGCAUGCAAAUACAACAAUGUAGUGUAUAAAUGAGAACCAGUGUGAGGAUUGGAUAUAUGCCAAAUAUUACUUUCAAAUAAUUAUUAGCUUAUGUCUGAAAGGCCAGAGGUGAAGAAUUAAGAGAGAAUCUGGUAAACCGUCACGUGUCUAAAUGUAUCGUCUUUAAAUUUAUAAAAUGUUUUCUCACAUUGCAAAGAUUUUUUAUAUAAAAAAUCCGUCCAUUUGGUUUCCUGAGAUUGAGAAUUAUUUGAAUGUAUUAUUUGACCUAUAUCUGGUUACAUCAGAGCAAAGUAUGAACUACAGUCUGGAACUACAUUUCCCAAGUUCAGUGUAACUACUGCUAAGGAUUCACACUAAAAGUAUGCAUUUCUCGAAGAUCAAAAUAGCUAUUUUGAAAAAACAGCUUUACUUUUACUUACGGUGGUUAAUAACAAACCAAUACAGUAUGAUGAUGAUAUCAACAGUACUACAUUCACACGAAUCACUCUCUGACUGACCCGUGUUAUUAUACCUCUCUUGCGAGACUGAAUGUCCCACCUGAGCCCGUCUGAAAGUUUUGAGGCCAUUUUCUAGGAAUCAAUCAAAUUCAAAACGUUUUAAUGAUUCUGAAGUGGUCCAACUGUGGUGCCAAUAAAGAAAAGAAAAAGAAAGCUUGCUCAUAUAUUUUGUCAUUUCAAUUCCAGUAUUGUUGCUAAAUCAGAUGGGGAAAGAUAAAAAAUAUAUAUAUAUACGACCACAAUAUACCAGCCCAAAUCCUCUCAAAUGUCAGUCAAGUGGGUAUUUGCUGGCAAAUAUUUCACAUUUUUUCAAGUUACGGUGUAAAAUUUGAAGCCACGUCAGCAAUAUGUAUAAUCUUUUUUUUGUCUUUCUAAUGCGGUCACUGUUGUGUGACUUGUCAGUGGAAAAAAAGCCUCACAAGUUGCUAAAAGUGGAAGGAUUGUGGAAAGGCUUGCGGCGCCAUCUAUUGUCAGACCAUGAGUACUAGCAUGUUGCUGCUUCCAACAGUUCACCGUUUCCAUGGGAUCCAUCUGAGCUCCGUUUAGAAACCAUUUAGCUCGUGAUUAUAAGCACCUUUUGUUUUGUGAAAAUCUGUAAAUCCGUGUGAGGAAAUAAACGUGCUACAGGUCUUGCUCUUAAAAGUGGUUUCUCAAUGCAUUGCUCAAGGUUCAUGUUUUGUGAAUUUUUUGUAUUACUUCGUUUUCUAUUGAGUGUUGUAAUAUAUAAAUACAGUAUAACAAUUUUUAUUCAAGGAGUAAAAAAAAAAAAAAAAAAAGAGGAGGGAGUAAUCCUUAUGGUCCUAGCUGUGUCUCCCCAAACCAAGACCACGUUUGUCUUGUUGACUUCACUAUCAGACUAAGAGAAACUCAGUGUUCUGGUAUUUUAUUGUGGAUAUUUUUGGUGGGAAUUACUGGGUCCAAGUUGUAAUGGAAUGUCUGGUAAAUGCUUUUGUACUGCGUGUCAUCAUCAAUAUGCUACAAUGGAAUUAAAUAUGAUAAAGUUUA